AUGACUGAAGAGGUACGCGUCAACGAAAGACCUUCUCUGGAGAACUUUAAGAAGGAUGCGGUACGGGCUAUAACCCGUGUUGACGAAGAUGUUAGGCAGGAAAAUGGUGAACAAUCUGUCAGAUCGCUGGAUGGGUAUGAGUUGCAGGGUGCUGAUGAGCAGGAAAACAUCGAGGUAUCUACUCAAGAUGAAGCCAAUAUUCAGCCCCCCCCUCAAUUGGUAGCCAAUGAAGAAAAUUCUGUAGCUAGUAUGCGUCCCGAAUCAGAUUUCAAUAGCAACCAGCUAGUAGAUGAAAGGAGAAACUCAAAAAUACCGGUUAAUCUAUCAAGCGUGAAAUCUACUAUUUUAUUUGUGAAGGCAACACUAGAGGAAAUACUGAAAAACAAGGCGAUGCAAAAGCAAAGUACCCGUGAAAAGUUGGUGGAAAAAACAGUAAAAAAGCUGAAUGAGACUAUUACCCAAUCAAAUGACGAACCGCAAUUUUUAGAUUCCCUGUUAGUAUUUGAAGCAUUGCGAGCAUGUUGCCGGACAAAAAUUCCUGAUGUUCAAGUCAGAGCGCUUGACUGUUUGUCAAAACUGUUUUCUUUCAAAGCCCUAGAUGAAUCUGUGUUGGUGAAUCCCCCUGAUUCCAUGGCAUCCAAUGAUCAAAAUGUUAUUAUGCAAAACAAUGGGAUUACACCACCGCCAAGGAUGAAAUUAGUGGAUGCUGCCAUGGAUACAAUAACGGAUUGUUUUGAUGGGGAGGCGACAGAUAGCAAGGUUGAGUUGCAAAUUGUCCGUGCCCUUGCAAAUUGUAUUUUAACCGACGAACCCACAAAUUCUUGUCAUGGAGCCACACUAUUGAAAGCCGUCCGGCAGAUCUACAACAUUUUUAUUUUGUCUCUAAGUCCAUCCAAUCAAGGUAUUGCUCAAGCAACUCUAACACAAAUUGUUAACUCUACGUUUGACAAGAUCAAUAUACCUUCUGUUAACCAGUCUUCCUUAGCACAAACGACCCCGAGAAAGAAUAGAGCGGACUCCACAACUUCAUCGUUAGGCAACGAUAAAUCUUUAACACUUAAAACCCUAGAACAUCUAAAUGAAGAGCAGGAUGCAUAUGAUGAGCCACAAGAUUCCUCUUCUCUAGAUGAGCAAAGUCUAUUGGCAAAAGAUGCCUUUUUAGUAUUUCGUGCCAUGGCGAUGCUUUCCGUAAAGCCACUUGAGGAUAACUUAGAUAUGCGCUCAUAUGCUGUAAGGUCUAAGCUGCUAUCGUUACAUAUUAUGCAUUCAAUUAUCAGGGAUCAUAUCGAUGUUUUUCUUUCACAUUCGGUUUUGCUACCUGGAAAACCAAGUAUUAGUCUUGUUGAUCGCAUAAAGCAAUACUUAUGUCUUGCACUUGCGAGAAAUGGAGCAUCGCCAAUCAUUCCAGUAUAUGAAAUAACAUUAGAGAUUAUGUGGUUAUUAAUCUCUAAUCUAAGAUCCGAGUUUAAAAGAGAGAUACCGGUUUUUUUAACAGAAAUAUAUUUCACUAUCUCUGACAUGAAGAGCUCUACCUCGCAUCAAAAAAAGUAUUUCCUAAAUGUACUUCAGCGGUUAUGCAAUGAUCCAAGGACUUUGAUUGAAUUCUAUUUGAAUUAUGAUUGUGAUACCAACAUGCCAAACAUAGUGGAGACGAUUGUGGAUUACUUAACAAGACUGGCACUUACGAAAGUUGAAAUAACUCCAUCCCAAAGAGCUUAUUAUGAUGAACAACUAAAGAAACCGUCAGCUACCUAUAAUACUUUACAGCUUCCUCUUUUGUCUAUCACAAAUGUUGGAUCGCUUGCUCAGAAUAACCACACAUCCCUAUUUCCAGUAGAGUUUGCUCUAAAGAUGACUUCACUAAAUUGUAUGGUUGCAAUAUUACGAUCGCUAAGUUCUUGGGCUCAUAAAGCACUUGGUACAUCGAUUUCUGCGAACUCCAAUAAUAGACUGUCUGUUGAUUCUACUAUUGAAGGCAGAAACUCCUCAACUUGCAGUUCUUUAAGUGCUGUAAAUAACAACGUUAAUUCUACAGAACAGGACAGCACUCAACCAUCUGAAGCAAGUGAAGAAGUUGAUAAUCCGGCUCAAUUUGAAAGUUUAAAGUUUAGGAAGACGGAAUUGCAAAAAUGUAUCCGUAUGUUUAACUUUAAGCCGAAACAUGGUAUAGAUGAAUUAUUGAAAAAGGGAUUUUUGAAAGAUAAGUCUCCGAAAACUAUAGCCCAAUGGCUCCUCUUAACUCCUGGCUUAGAUUUGGCCGCUGUUGGUGAUUAUUUAGGUGAAGGAUCAGAGGAGAAUAUUGCUGUCAUGCAUGCAUUUGUUAACGAGCUCGAUUUUACUAGUCUUUCAUUAGUUGAUGCUUUGAGAGUUUUUCUUCAGAGAUUUCGAUUGCCUGGAGAGGGUCAAAAGAUUGAUAGGUUCAUGUUGAAAUUUGCGGAGCGAUACGUGGAUCAAAAUCCUGGUUUGAUUGCGUCGCUAACUGCCUAUACGUUAUCUUAUUCGAUUAUUAUGUUGAAUACAGAUCUUCACUCAUCACAUAUCAAGAAUAAAAUGACGCUUGAAGAAUUUAUUGAUAACAACCGCGGUAUUGACAAUGGACAGGAUUUGCCAAAGGACUUUAUUAUCCAACUUUACAAUGAGAUUGCGGACAAUGAAAUCAAAUUACAAUCAGAGCAGCAUCAGGCUAUGAUUGCGGGUGGUAUCCAAAUGACACAACAAUCUGCGUUUGCUUUUUUUAGAGGUAAAGAUUUAGAGCGAGAAGCCUACAUGCAAGUUUCGAAAGAAAUCUCAUCUAAAACCGAGCUUGUAUUUAAGAAUUGGGAUAAGAGCAAAUCAAAUGAUAUGGUCUACUAUGCCGCUUCACAUGUUGAGCAUGUUCGUUCAAUAUUUGAAACACUGUGGAUGUCAUUUCUGGCCGCAUUGACACCGCCAUUUAAGGAAUAUGAUGAUGUGGAAACAACGAAUAUUUGCUUAGAAGGCUUAAAAAUUUCUAUAAAAAUAGCUGCUAAUUUCCGCAUUGAUUACGCAAGGACAUCAUUUAUUGGUGCAUUAACCCAGUUUACCAAUUUACAAAAUGUUCAGGAAUUACAACCCAAAAACGUCAACGCUAUAAUUGUACUAUUGGAAGUUGCACUAUCUGACGGUAACUAUUUUAGAAAUUCUUGGAGGGAUGUUUUAAUUAUUGUUUCUCAAGUCGAGAGACUUCAGUUGAUUUCCAAAGGAGUUGACGGUGAAUCUGUCCCAGAUGUAACUCAAGCAAGACUCGCAAAUCAUCGGAGCUCAUUCGAUUCAACAAGAUCUGCUUCUAUGUCAUUUUUUGAAAGAUGGACUAAAAAAUCAACGCCAAUUGAGCUUGCGCAAGAAAAGCAUCAUAACCAAACUCUUUCUCCAGAAAUAUAUCAAUAUAUUUCAUCCAGUAAGCUGGUUGUCUUGAUUGAUCGUAUAUUUACGAAUAGCGCGACACUUUCAGGACAAGCCAUCUUAGAUUUUAUCAAAGCAUUGACGCAGGUUUCUCGUGAAGAGAUAGAAUCUUCACAAGAUGCUGCUACUCCAAGAAUGUUUUCACUACAAAAAAUGAUUGACGUUUGUUACUAUAAUAUGGAUCGUAUUAGACUAGAAUGGUCACCUUUGUGGGCAGUUAUGGGUGAAGCAUUUAAUUGGACUGCAACAAAUUCCAAUUUAGCCGUUGUUUUUUUUGCGAUUGAUUCUUUACGUCAAUUGUCAAUCAGAUUUCUAGAUAUGGAGGAAUUGCCUGGUUUUGAGUUUCAAAACGAUUUCCUAAAACCAUUCCAGCACGUAGUUCAAAACACAACAAAUACCGAGGUGCAAGAGAUGUGUAUGGAGUGCUUCCGCAAUUUUAUCUUAACAAAAUCUGAAAAGAUAAAGUCGGGUUGGAAGCCAAUUCUAGAAUCAUUAAAGUAUUGCGCCCAAUCUUCAAAAGAAAGUAUAGUUGUGAAAGCUUAUCAACUAGUCACUGUUGAUGUCAUGAAAGAACACUUUGAAAGUGUGUUUGCUCAAGAAGAUGCAUUCGCGGAAUUAGUCUCAAUACUUGGUGAAAUUACGAAAAAUAAGAAGUUCCAGAAACUUUCACUUCAUGCUUUGAAGUCUUUAAAAAAGAUAUACGAAAAAGUUGCCGACAUAUGCCUGAAAUCACCCUCUGAAGAAUUGCUGCACGGCAAGGACAUCUUCAAUGAUGUAUGGUAUCCGCUACUAAAUACGUUUAAUGAUACAAUUAUGACUGCGGAAGAUCUCGAGGUUAGAUCCCGGGCAUUAAACUUUAUGUUUGACUUUUUGGUUGCUUAUGGAUCAGAUUUUGAUGAUGCAAUUUGGGAAAAUGUGUGCACGAAACUGUUGUUUCCAAUAUUCAAUAUUUUAUCAAAACAUUGGGAAGUUGACCAAUUUAAUAGCCAUGAUGACCUUAGUGUAUGGCUUUCGACAACUUUAAUACAGGCGUUAAGGAAUAUGGUUGCACUAUUCACGCAUUACUUCUCUUCACUAAAUAUGAUGUUAGAUGGCUUUUUACAGCUUUUGGUUUCUUGCAUAUGUCAAGAGAACGAUACAAUUGCUCGGAUUGGUCGUUCUUGUUUACAGCAAUUAAUAUUGCAGAACGCCACAAAGUUUAAAGAUCAACACUGGUCUCAGAUCACAGAUUCAUUCUCGAAGUUGUUCAAACAGACCACUGCGACGGAAUUAUUCGAUUGCGAUCCCAUUCAUAGGGGGAGAAAACCAUCUGCAACCGCUUCCUUCGUGACUGAAAUUACUGAACCUGCGGACGUGGAUAGAGAUGUGGAACGCGCACAGUGCGAGGAAAACAGCGAGGAUGUAGGCAACGCAAGUACUGAAAUUGAUAGACCGACAAGGCCUCUUGCUCGCACGAAGAGUAGCGAGGAUAGUCGCAAUCGCGUAGCUGUCAAGAAUGCAAUUGUUGUGAAGUGUGUGCUACAAUUACUAAUGAUAGAAUCACUAAGCGAACUGUUUGCCGACGAGAACUUUGCGAAUAAUAUACCUUUACUAGAGGCUGUGAAGCUUACUGACCUCCUUGAAACAUCUUACGAGUUUGCCCGAGAUUUCAAUGACGAUUAUGAUCUACGUAACAGGCUAGUUAACGCCCACAUUGUUGAAAAAGUACCAAACUUAAUGAAACAGGAAACCAACGCAGCAGCAGUCCUCAUCGACAUCCUUUUUAAGCUUUACUUGAAUGACGAAUCCAUCUCGAAUGCUAAAUCCAAGUUGCUCACUCGCCUAGUCACAAUAUGCACACAAAUAGUGCAAAGAUAUAUUGCGCUUGAAGAGGGCGCCAUGGAGCGCAUUAUAGUUAGCUGGCGUUUUGUUAUUGUUGAAAUACUGCUUGGUUAUUGUGAAUUCGACGAUAACGAUUUCCGAAAGCAUUCGCCCGCCAUGUACGCGCUUGUACUACAGGUUUUAGCGAAAGACUGCCCUCCGGACCUAAGGAAUGCAGUCAAAGUAUUCUUUAGCAGAGUCGGUGAGAUAUAUCUAUACCAAGGCAAGUGA